UAGAGUUGUAUAUAGUCACUCGACUCUUGUAUCAUCUCAUACUUUCUCUCCUAACAGUUAUGUUACGUCUGUUAAGAAACGAAUAUUUUAAUCUUUAACUAUUUUACUCGCGAAUACGUUAUUAAGCAGAAUAAUACAAACGAAGUUGUUAACAAAAUUUGAAUUAAGAACGAAAUUGAAAGUAUUUCAUUUCGUCAGAAGAAGCACGAUGGUUUAUCGUAGCUAUUAAAACCACGUGCUCCGGAAGGUCGAUCGUUAUUAUGAAAAAAAGAUUUAACUUGAACUUGCCGUUUUAAAUAACCGGCAGUCGAGGGAGCAUUGAUUAGGGAACAAAGAUUCUUGCCACCAUCGUGGAAAGGUAUGCUGAUACAGGAUGACGGAAUUUGUGGAAGGCUGGAUAUUUGGACACACUUUAGGGGAAGGUGCUUAUGGCGAGGUAAAGUUACUUUUAAAUAAAACUACCGGAGAGGCAGUUGCCAUGAAAAUGAUAGAUUUAGGCAAGCACUCGGAUGCUAGACAGACAGUCCGCAAAGAAAGUGCUAUUCACCGUUCAUUAUCUAACCCCAACAUUAUACAAUAUUUUGGAAAGCGUAGCGAACCAAAUAUGGAAUAUAUAUUUUUAGAAUAUGCUUCUGGUGGAGAACUUUUUGAUAGAAUUGAUCCUGAUAUUGGUAUGCCAGCGUGGGAAGCACAGAAGUAUUUUAGACAAUUAAUUUCUGCAGUUGAAUAUUUGCAUAGUAAAGGAAUUGCACACAGAGAUUUGAAGCCAGAAAAUUUGCUAUUGGAUGAAAAUGAUAAUUUAAAAGUCUCUGAUUUUGGCAUGGCAACAAUAUAUAAAUAUCAAGGCAAAGAGCGGUGUCUGGAAAAAAGAUGUGGAACAUUGCCGUAUCUUGCUCCAGAAAUAUUUGUACCACGCUAUUAUGCAGAACCUGCAGAUAUAUGGUCAUGUGGUAUAAUUCUUGUCACUUUGUUAACUGGAGAACUGCCUUGGGCUCAGUCCUCGGCAGAUUGUCAAGAAUAUAUGGCAUGGAAAGAAGGAAAAUAUAUGUCUCUCACACCAUGGAGAAAGUUAGAUACUUCUUCGUUGUCUCUGAUUAGAAAUGUUCUUAUGCAUCUGCCAUCAUCCAGAUAUACCAUCAGAGAUAUUAAGCAACACAGAUGGUUCGUCAAAAUUAUACAAGAAGAGGGAUAUAUUCGCCCUGACGAAACGGACUCAACACAAAUGUUAAAAGAUGAGAACUUGAGAUUCUGUUUGUCCCAGCCUGAAUUACCUAGGGUACAAAAUAAUGUUGUAGAAAUCAAUUUAGAAGAACAACCAGGAUUUUCAUUCUCGCAACCUGCUCAUAUAGAAGACUUAUUAGUAUGCACUCAAGUACAAAAUAAGCAACUUACACAAGCAAGCCAGCAAAAUACUUAUCAACGCCUGGUGCGAAGAAUGACCAGAUUUUUCGUUACAACGCCGUUAGAAACAACCGUAAACAGAUUAAUGAAUUGCUUGAACAAUGAAAGUUAUACCUGUCGUAUCAACGAUUGUCGCACAAUUACCAUAUCAAGUAAAGAUAGAAGAACAAUGCCUCUUGUUUUCAAAGCUAAUAUUGUUGAAAUGGAUGGAAAGAUACUAGUUGAUUUCAGAUUAUCUAAAGGUUGUGGUUUGGAGUUUAAACGAAAAUUUAUGAAAAUUAAGGCUCUAUUGGACGAUAUAAUAUUGAAAGGUCCUGUGACGUGGCCGAUUGCUGUUGCAACCGAAUCUAUACCUUAAUUUUAAGACUAUUGGAUGAUAUAGUAUUGAAAGGUCCUGUGACGUGGCUGAUUGCUGUUGCAACCGAAUCUAUACCUUAAUUACAAGACUCUAUUGGAUGAUAUAGUAUUGAAAGGUCCUGUGAUGUGACCGAUUGUUGCAACCGAAUGUAUACCUUGAUUACAAGAUUCUAUUUGACGAUAUAGUAUUGAAAGGUCCUGUGACGUGGCCGAUUACUGUUGCAACUGAAUGUAUACCUUGAUUACAAUGUACAAAAUCCAAUUUAAAUAAAUCAUUUUAUAUUCUUUUA